AUGAAGGCCACUGAUGGGGACACCAACUUGACGUCCCCAGAAAAUAAAAAUGAGGUCAGCGUGGGCAUAGCAUGUCACAUAAAUCAUGAUCGCUUCAAGGACCAAGAAAAGGGCCAAUACUACCAUGUCAUCAACUACAGAAAGCAGGAUUUUGAGAUGCUGAAAGCAGACUGCCUGAAGAAAAAAGUGCUUUUUGAAGAUCCUGUAUUCCCGGCUCUUCCCACUUCGCUGGGCUUCAAGGAUCUGGGCCCCAGUUCUAAAUCAGUGCAGAACAUCUCCUGGAAGCGACCUACUCAAAUCACAAAGGAUCCUCAAUUCAUUGUGGAUGGGUUCACCCCAACAGACAUCUGCCAGGGGAUACUGGGGGACUGCUGGCUUCUGGCUGCCAUCGGCUCCCUUACCACUUAUCCCAGACUGCUGAAACGUGUGGUACCCACGAAACAGAACUUCAAGAAAAACUAUGCUGGCAUCUUCCAUUUUCAGAUUUGGCAAUUUGGACAAUGGCUGGAUGUAGUGGUGGAUGACAAGUUGCCUACAAGGAAUGGCAAAUUGAUGUUCGUGCACUCUGCUGAGCGCAAUGAGUUCUGGAGUGCCCUCCUGGAGAAGGCAUAUGCCAAGCUGAGUGGGUCCUAUGAAGCCCUGGCGGGGGGCAACAUUGUAGAAGGCUUCGAGGACUUCACAGGGGGUGUGACGGAGAGCAUCCAGCUUGUGAGCCUGCCUCAGAACAUGAUGAGGGUCCUCAGGAAGGCCAUAGAGCGUUCAUCUCUCCUGGGCUGCUCCAUCGAAGUCUUCAGCACCAGUGAGUUAGAGACCAUGACAGAGAACAAGCUGGUGAAAGGCCAUGCAUACUCAGUAACAAGCCUGAAGGAUGUCUCCCACAAAGGCAGGAUGACAACCCUGAUUCGGGUGCGGAACCCCUGGGGCCGCCUCGAGUGGAAUGGAGCCUGGAGUGACAAUUCUAAGGAGUGGGAUGAGGUGGACUCCAGCGUCAAGCAGCAGCUUCUGCUCAGCAAAGAAGAUGGAGAGUUCUGGAUGUCCUACCAGGACUUCGUGACCAACUUCACGCUCCUGGAGAUCUGCCACCUGAUGCCCGACCCCAACUGCCGAGAGGAGCUGGGCACCCCUUGGCACAUCACCUUCUUCCAGGGCAGCUGGCGGCGUGGCAGCACCGCUGGUGGUUGUCGGAACCACCAGGACACCUUCUGGACCAACCCGCAGUUCAAGAUCCGACUCCCCGAGAAGGAUGACGACACGGACGAGGCCAUCUGCACCUGCCUGGUGGCCCUCAUGCAGAAGAACUGGCGGCAGGGCCGGCCCCACGGCGCGCAGCUCCACACCAUCGGCUUCGUCAUGUACUCGCUCCCAAAGGAGUUACAGCAGAUAAAGGACGUCCACCUCAAGAGGGAGUUCUUCACGAAGUAUCAUGACCAAGGCUUCUCUGAGAACUACACUAACUCCCGUGAGGUGACAAUGCAUCUGCAGCUGCCUCCCGGAGAGUAUCUCAUCAUCCCCUCCACCUUCGAGCCACACAAAGACGUUGACUUCCUGCUCCGGGUCUUCACGGAGAAGCUCAGCGAAUCCUUCGAACUAGAUGAGGUCAACUAUGCCGAGAUGCUCCACGAGGAGAGAUUCCAUGUCGAAGAAGUGAGUCAGAACUUCCUGACUCUGUUCAACUUGGUGGCCGGAGAGGACAAGGAGAUCAACGUGUUUGAGCUUCAGAGGCUUCUCAACAAGGUGAUCUUGGAAGAAAAAAGCCUCCAGACUAAAGGCUUCACUCUAGAGGUGUGUCGCCGCAUGAUCAACCUCAUGGAUAAAGAUGGCUCUGGAAAGCUGGGACUUCCGGAGUUUCAGGUCCUGUGGAGAAAAAUCGAGAAAUGGAUGAGCAUCUACCUAGAAUCCGAUCAAGACCACUCGGGCACCUUGAACUCCUACGAGUUGCGCUUGGCCAUGGAGAAAGCAGGCAUCAAGGUGAAUAACAAGGUGGCACAGGUGCUGGUGGCCCGAUAUGCCAACGAUAACAUGAUUUUGGACUUCCAAAGUUUCAUCUGCUGCUUCCUGCGGCUGAAGGCCAUGUUCAAGUACUUUUUAGCCUUGGAUCCCAAGAAAACUGGCUCUAUUCACUUGAACCUGAACCAGUGGCUGCAUAUCACCAUGUGGGGAUAAUGCUUCAAGCCUAGGCUCCCAUUACCACCACCCUACACACAGAUG